AUGACCCGCUCCGUCAAUUUCUCACUCCUCGCCUCUGCACUCAUCCUCUCAUCUCUCCUCGUCGUCGCAGUCGCAGGGAAACCCUCCGACGAUCUCAAGCCAAUCCGCCGGGAGAUUUAUGAGGGAGGGAAGAUAUUCGACAUCAGCCACCGUUACACGCCGGAGAUGCCAGCUUGGGAGUCUACGCAGGGGAUGGUGAAUUUCCUGCGACUGGCCGCGAGUAUGAAGAACGGAUCCUUCGCUAACGUAUCGGAGAUGAAACUCUCAGUUCACUCGGGGACACACAUCGAUGCUCCAGGCCACUUCAUUGACAAAUACUACGACGCUGGUUUCGAUUCCGAUUCGCUUGACCUCCGAACCCUAAACGGUCCUGCUUUGUUGGUUGAUGUUCCGAGAGAUAAGAACAUCACUGCUGAGGUAAUGGAAUCACUUCAGAUUCCAAAGGGAGUUCGUCGUGUGCUCUUCAGAACAGUGAACACUGACAAGAGGCUUAUGUUUAAGAAAGAGUUCGAUUCAAGCUUUGCUGGGUUCAUGACUGAUGGGGCCAAAUGGUUGGUUGAGAAUACAGACAUCAAACUUGUUGGGCUUGAUUAUCUCUCAUUUGCUGCUUUUGAGGAGUCACCUGCGACGCACAAGGUUAUACUUGCAGGAAGGGAUAUAAUCCCUGUGGAAGCGCUGAAGCUGGACGAUGUGGAGGUAGGUAUGUACUCGCUUCAUUGCCUACCGUUGAGAUUGGUUGGAGCCGAAGGUGCACCAACGAGAUGCAUUCUCAUCAAGUGA